AUAACGCGUCUGGUUCCAAACAAUCUGUUAUCACGGUUCAUUCCAUAAGAAAUGCAUUGACCGUUUAUUUUUUUUAAUUCUUUUGGUUUUUAACCCUUUAAAGUUGAUUUCUUAUUUUUUAAACUGAAUUUAUAGUGUUGUAUAUAUCAGAAACUUUAGGUUUUAGGUCUUUUAAUCAUGAUCAACUACUGGGCACCCCAGUGUUCACAUAAUUCUGUAAGAGAAUCGUGUUUUUUUUUUCGUUUUCCGACAGAUGUGACACUACGCAAUUCUUGGGCGAGUUUAGUUAGGAGGGCAGAUUCUAUUCCAUCAAAUAAUAGCCGAUUGUGUAGCUGUCAUUUUAAAAAUGGUUUGAAAGGGAACAGUCCGUCUAUAUUUGCUUGGAAUGAAAACAAAAUAAUGCAUUUUGUUUCCCCUGAAAAACAUAAAAGAACUAAAACAGUAAGGUGUAAUGUCGAAGAACAAUAUGAUAAUACUGCUGCAAGUGGUUCAAUUAUUAAUAAAGAAUCUAAUACUGAAAGUGCUGAUUUAAUUGUCGAAGAAAAUACAAUUCUGGAGAAAAAUGUUGAAUGUUAUUUUUUGAAAAAGGAAAAUGAAGACUUAAAAAAAUAAAUUGA